UGUUUCCUGUCGAGAGCUCUCUUUGUCUACUCAAAGACCCAGAGAGGAGGAACUGGUCCACCGUGCAGCUGCUGCGGGUGUUGGUACAUGAGCGGAAGACUUCCUGCUGCAGGUGGAGAAAGGAGGAGGAAAGGAUCGAGUCCCGGAGCUGAGAGCGAUGCUCACCGAGCGGCUCGCGGCGGCGGGGGAGCAGAUCCUCGCGGGGCUGGAGGAAACCUUGUUAGAGUCCGAGGAGCGAGUGGAGCGGACAGAGCGGUCCCAGCGGGAGGUCUGCCGCCAGAGGAGGCUGCUCGAUGCCGCGAUGCAGCCCGUAGUCCGGCUGCACAGAGCAGUGUGUCCUGCAGACGUCCAGCAACUAAUGGUGAAUAAAGACGAGGUUCCCCCUGAGCAGCAGCAGUGGAGCCCCCUUGUGGACCAGGAGGACCCAGAUUCCCCCAACAUUAAAAAGGAGCAGGAGGAACUGUGGACCACUCAGGAUGGACAGCAGCUUCAAGGACUGGAGGAGGCUGAUGUCAAGUUCACAUCGGAUCCCGUCGCUGUGAAGAGUGAAGAAGAUGAAGAGAAACUUAAAUCUUCAAAGCUUCAUCCGAGUGAGACGAAGGAGAACAGAGCGGACUGUGGAGGACCAGAACCAGCCAGGAACUCAGGUCCUGAUGUACUUUUACAACCAGGUCCUGAGGACAAGGCUGAAGACUCUUCUGAGACUGAAGUCAGUGAGGAUGAUUGGAUGGAGCCUCUAAGUGAUAUGGAAUGUAAGACAGAAAAAAAAACGUUUUGUUGCUCUGAGUGUGGUAAAAGAUUUAACCAUAGGUGCAGUCUAAAUCUACAUAUGAGGAUUCAUACAGGAGAGAAAACGUUUAGUUGCUCUGAGUGUGGUAAACGAUUUAACCAAAGGGGUGAUCUAAAUAGACAUGAGAGGAGUCAUACAGGAGAGAAACCGUUUAGUUGCUCUGAGUGUGGUGAAAGAUUUAACCAAAGGAGCAAUUUAAAUAGACAUGAGAGGAGUCAUACAGGAGAGAAACCGUUUAGUUGCUCUGAGUGUGAUAAACAAUUUGGCCAUAGGUGCCAUCUAAAUAUACAUAUGAGGAUUCAUACAGGAGAGAAACAGUUUAGUUGCUCUGAGUGUGGUAAAAGAUUUAACAGAAGGGGUGAUCUAAAUACACAUAUGAGGACUCAUACAGGAGAGAAACGGUUUAGUUGCUCUGAAUGUGAUAAAAGAUUUAGCCAUAGGGGCCAUCUAAAUACACAUAUGAGGAGUCAUACAGGAGAGAAACCGUUUAGUUGCUCUGAGUGUGGUAAAAGAUUUAGCCUUAUGGGCAAUCUAAAUAUACAUAUGAGGAGUCAUACAGGAGAGAAACAGUUCAGUUGCUCCGAGUGUGGUAAAAUAUUUAGCCAUAGGAGCAAUCUCAAUAGACAUAUGAGGUUUCAUACAGGAGAGAAACCGUUUAGUUGAUCUGAGUGUGGUAAAAGAUUUUAGAUUCAGUCCUUUUGUACGAGACAUGUGAGGAUUCAUAAAGGAGAGAAGUGAUUCAGUUUCAACCUUUGCAUCAAAAGUUGAUUUAUCAGCAGAUAUUCAUAUUAUACAUAUUCUUAGUUCAAUGUUUUAAAUAGACUAUUAACAGUUUCUAUGUCCCUAGAAAAUAGCACUCAUUGAAUAACACUAAAGAUUUUUGUUUAUAUAUCUUAAAUUAGCCUAAAACGCCUGUUUGAGGACACCCAAAUUAUAUCGAAAGCUGUUCUUGAACCAUUUGGAGUACAUGUAUGAUCUUGGUCUCUUUUGAAAGGUAACAUUCUGAACUUUUUCCCCCCAACAGUCAGAAUCACUCUAAGCGCUACUGGCAUUGAGUAAUAGCAGUUGGCACACAGUGAAGUAGAAGGUUUUUAGUUCCGCCUGAAUAUGUUUUAAUAAACAGAUGCCUGCAGAUGACUCUAUCUGGGACUUAUGAGCUGGAAAACACAAUGGGACCCUAUCAUGAAGCCUUGACUAGCCCAAGUUCAAAUUUGAUAACAAUACCACAGAAAAUGAAUAUUUGACAGAUUUUAUCCUAAGCGCAUGUCUAGGCGUUUUCCACAAAGGCCAUUGGGAGACUCCAAAGGACCCUUUGUAACCAUUGUAACCAACCAGGUUAAAAAAGCUAAAUUUACACUCAAAAUCAUACUUUUAUAUAAAGGAGACAAAACCGGUCAUAUGGUUUAAAAUUUAUACAAAUAAACAUCUUUCAUAUAUUUUAGCAACAUGUAGCAGUCACGAUGGGGAUGAAACAGUGACUCAUGAUCAUCUUGGACCAGCUGGACACUUUGGGAAAUUUCAUUGGCUAAACGAUACACCAGUCAUCAGAACAAUAGGUUGGAAUUGGCUAAGCUUUUACGUCAGAAGAGGGGCACGCUCUUUCCAACAACAACUAGGUGCCUCGUUGGCUUUUGCAGGCUGUGGACAGCCCAUGCCAGCUCCGAUUGGGUUAAGUUUAGAUUGACAGCUCACUUGAACCAAUAGGACAUGGCUUUCCACUAUUUUGAGAUCUUUGUUUACAUGCACACAGAGUUACAAGUGAGAGUAUGUCCCAGUUUACACGGAGGAGGUGGCUGAGUAUGACAUUAUGCAACAGCUGACAGUGGCUAUUCUUUGAUGUAAUCGUGUGUUUUGGACUGACAUUGUUACUGGAUUGGAUCGUCUGGACCUUUGGCGAUGUACUAACACCGUUUUUUUGGAAUGUUAUCGAUCUGUGGAUUAAUAUGAAGCUUCUAAGGUGAGUCGCGGCGACUUUUGUUCUAUUUCCGGUCUGACUGAGACGUUGAUUAAACCGGCUGUGGUGAUCGGAUCUUUAAAUGGUCUAGAUCAGUGAAAUCUGAAGAAUCUUUGCUUUCAAACGAUAUGUUGCAUUAGUACCUAGCUUUACAACGCAGUUCUGUAAAUAAGUGUUUGGCGCUGAUCGGUAAAACAGCGCACCUGGACGAUGAUUAAAUAUGUUUUUUUAAAUAAUUGUCUCUUGGCUAGUAAGAUUCA